AUGCUCACUGGUUUUCAAUUUCCACAGAAGUUGAUUCAGCUCAUCAUGGUAUGUGUGAGAACUACCAGAUUUUCAUUGAUGAUCAAUGGCUCAUUAAAUGGAUAUUUUGAGGCUAAACAAGGAUUGAGGCAAGGAGACCCUAUGUCCCCCUUGAUAUUUGUACUUGGUAUGGAAUACUUAUCUAAGAUCAUGCUUAAGGUUGGUUCUUAUCCUAGUUAUAAGUAUCAUGAUCGGUGUGCUACUUUGAGGUUGAACCAUUUAUGUUUUGCUGAUGACAUUUUGUUAUUCAGCCAUGGAGAUUUUCGAUCUAUCCUUUUGAUGCUUAGAGGACUCAAGCUAUUUUCCACGACUUCUGGACUCUUUCCAAAUGAGGCAAAGUCUGCAAUAUAUUGCAGUGGCAUGAGGGAAUCUGAGAUUGAGAGAGUAAUAGCUGCUUCAGGAUUUUCAAGAUCUUCAUUACCAUUUAGAUACUUGGGCAUUCCUAUCUGUUCUAAAAGGAUUUCAAAGGUUGAGUGUGGGAUCAUUCUAGACAAAAUGGUGGCCAGAAUUAGACAAUGGAGUUCCAGGAAUCUAUCAUAUAGUGCUAGAGCAAUCUUGAUCAAUUCGGUCUUAAUGUCCAUUCACUCUUACUGGGCUCAAAUCAUGGUCUUGCCAAGGAAGUUACUGAAGGACAUAGAUGCAAUUUGCAGGGCCUUUUUAUGGAAGGGAGUUGCAGAAGCUCACGGCCCAGGUACAGUAGCUUGGUCCACUAUCUGUUCUCCAAAGUCUGCAGGAGGGUUAGGCUUCAGGAAAAUUAUAGAAUGGAAUAUAGCUGCCUUGGGGAAAUAUGUCUGGGCAAUUACAACUAAAAAGGACAACUUAUGGGUGAAGUGGAUACAUAGCAUUUAUCUGGAAAAAAAAAGGACUGGUGGACAUAUUCAGUUCAGCAAGGCUGCAGCUGGUACUGGAAGAAAAUAG